AUGUCGGCUCCCGUUGCUGCCGCCCCCAGCAGGAGCAGCAGCAGCAGCAGCAGCAGCAGCAGCAGCAGCAUUGCAGCAUCUGGCUUUGAGUCUCGCGGCGAGCUGGCGCUGGAGCGCUUCCGCAGCAUCUUAACCAGCAGCAGCAGCAGCAGCAGCAGCAGCAGCAGCAGCAGCAGCAGCAGCAGCAGCAGCAGCAGCGUGGAGUUGAUUCCAGAAGACAAACUCGACAAGUUUGGCUGGCAGCUGCCGCUGCAAGUUGCUGCUGCUCCUUCUCCCUUUUGCCUUCCGGAGGAAAUCUUCGCCUUCGAGCCUUCCGAAAAUGAAGUUUUCAAAAUCUUCUUCAAAGGCACUUCCAAGGAAGUUCGGAUCCGCCAGAUCUUCUUCCACGCUGUACUGACACCUGAAGAACAAAACUGGCUUUCUGCUUUCCGCACUUUUUGCAAAUCUCAAACUUUUCAAAUUCCUUUUUUUCUGGAGCCUUUGCUGCUUCGCAUCAUUUGGCUGGCCUACAGGAAGUGGGGCGACAACAUCAUUUCCCGGAGCUUCGAGAUUGCCAAGUCGAUGGUGGAGUGGCGGCGAAGUUUUUUUCCACUAAGCGACGAAGAGCAGCAAAUAAAAGAACUGCUGCAGCAGGGAGUGAUGUACUGGGCGGGGCGGGACCGGCACUUGCGGCCGCUGCUGGUAAUUCG